UCUGGGUCCGCUCCUGAGACGUGACCACCCGCCCCGCCGGGGCCCCCAAUCCCAGUUGCUUGAUCCGGCUCAGCCCCGAGGUGUUUGCAGCAGCUCUUUCUGAAAGUCCAGCCAUCUGUUACCUGCGUUGCUUCCUGGGGAGGGAUAGUCCACCUGGAGGCAUUCGGAGACCCGGUGAUUGUGCUCCGUGGAGCCUGGGCUGUGCCCCGCGUUGACUGCCUCAUAGAUACCCUCCGAACCCCAAGUGAGAAAAAACGACGACCCUCUCUCCAUGCCAGCUGCAUGAGAAGAGGGACUCACCUUCUGGCCCCCUGCCUGGAAGAGGAAGAGCUGGCAUUGCACAGGAGACGGCUGGACAUGUCUGAGGCACUGCCCUGCCUGAGCAAGGAGACCCCCACCCCAGGCUGCAGGCUGGGGGCCCUGUAUUGGGCCUGUGUCCACAAUGAUCCCACCCAGCUCCAAGCCAUACUGGAUGGUGGGGUCUCCCCAGAGGAGGCCACCCAGGUGGACAGCAAUGGGAGGGUGAGAUGUCCUGGCUUCCCAGGACAGCUGGGGGCAUCUCUGCAUCCCCACCACACCAUCCUGGCCUGGCUCCCUGAGAGGGGUUCAGGGGCAAUACCCCCUGCAGUCCUAAGGAGGAAGGGAAUGGUUAAGGGCGGGUCUUCACAGGGUUUGGGGCAGGCUCUGGGACAGAUAUGGGUUUAGAGGGUGCAAGGGGCCCUGGGGUGGCCCAGGGGGAAAGCAGGAGAUCUGAGCUGCCCCUCCCUCAGACAGGCCUCAUGGUCGCAUGCUACCACGGCUUCCAGAGUGUUGUGGCCCUGCUCAGCCACUGUCCUUUCCUUGAUGUGAACCAGCAGGACAAAGGAGGGGACACGGCCCUCAUGUUGGCUGCCCAAGCAGGCCACGUGCCUCUGGUGAGUCUCCUGCUCAACUACUAUGUGGGCCUGGACCUGGAACGCCGGGACCAGCGGGGGCUCACAGCAUUAAUGAAGGCUGCCAUGCGGAACCGCUGUGAGUGCGUGGCCACCCUCCUCAUGGCAGGUGCUGACCUGACAGCAGUGGACCCUGUUCGGGGCAAGACGGCCCUGGAAUGGGCAGUGCUGACUGACAGCUUCGACACCGUGUGGAGGAUUCGGCAGCUGCUGAGGCGGCCCCAAGUGGAGCAGCUUAGCCAGCACUACCACCCCGAGUGGCCGGCCUUGUCCGGGCUCGUGGCCCAGGCCCAGGCCCAGGCCCAGGUUGCCCCUUCACUCCUAGAGCGGCUGCAGGCUACCUUGAGCCUCCCCUUUGCCCCAUCUCCUCAGGAGAGGGGCGUUCUGGACCACCUUGUGACUGCCACAACCAGCCUGGCCAGUCCCUUCGUCACCACUGCCUGCCACACUCUGUGCCCUGACCACCCACCUUCGCUGGGCACCCGAAGCAAGUCUGUGCCAGAGCUGUUAGGUACUGCCCCGCCCCCUCCCCUGGUUCCCCAGUCCCCGCCAGGGAGUCCCCAGAGGUCCCCGUGGGUCUUCAUCCCCUACCAGAGCCCUCAGGGCAUAUUGAGCAAGUGCCUUCAGUGGCUACAACCCAGGGAUAGCACCAGCCCCAGGCCCCAAGUCCCCAAGAUCCUCCUCUCCAAGGCAUCCUCAUCCCCCCACCAGUGCCAGCCGAAGCCCAGUCCUGCAGGAUAUCAAAGUCUGGCCCUUCCUCUCUGGCGAUACCAGGAGCUCAGGAUAGAGAAGAGGAAACAGGAGGAGGAGGCCAGAAUGGCACAGAAGUAGGGGAAGAUGGGAUAGGACAGGCUGGGAACAGGUAGUCAGGCCCCUCCCAAGGCUUCUUUCCCCUCUGGAGUGCCUCCGGCCUCCCCAUCCACCUCUACCUAAGUAAAUCUGCUCUCAACCUGUAUAUAUACAAGGUCAUUCAUUCCAGCAUUGUUUGCAAGAGUGAAAGAGUGGAAACACCUGAAGUGUCCAUCAGUAAGGGACAGACCAGAUUGAUUACGGAUGUAAUUCCUGUCCAUCCAUACAGUGCAUACUCUACAGUGUAUUCUAAAAUAAGACUAAGGAAGCUGUUUAUAUUCUGAUAUGAAACUACCAUCAAGAUGUAUAAAGUAAAAAUAACUAAGGAGUG